AUGUUGCUGAGUCGAGUUCCAUUGUCGCGUUCCAAGGUCUACAUACUUCGUCGAUGGCCUGUUCAAGUCCCGUUCUUGGCGUUUUUACAAUGCAACGCGCGAUUAAUAGUUGUACCCCACCCAAAAGAGCUCGUCACUGCAACAUGCCGCCUGGACACGGUGAAUGCUCUUGGUUCUAUUGAGAUUACCAAGAUAUUGACUGCCAUCGAUAUCCGAAUUCUGUCAUUUGCCAAUUCUACGGCUAUCAAACUGUGGAAUAAUUGGUCAUCUGGCCGGUGGGGUGACGCCAUACUCUUGAGAGAGACGCCGGAGCAGAAAGGGGCUACAUUUGAGGAUGUGGUUCCCACUGGAAUUUAA